AUGCCGGCUGGGAAGUUCGGGGACGGACCACGCCACUGGCCGUUUUCUGAGACCCUUGACGGCGCGUGCCCCAUCUCAGCGAGCUGUCAACGGCGGCAAUAUCGAGUUCCCAUUUCGGAAUUCGACACGCAGCCCAAACCAGAUCAUACAACAAUGCUCGCAGGCAGCGUGGACCCAGCGAUGGCCCAGCAGGUGGUGUUCCGGUGCUCGGUGCCCUACUGCGAGCGCUCAUUCGGCGACAGCUUCUCGCUAGCCGAGCACCUCAAGAAACACGCAGGCGAAAAGCGCCAUAUUUGCCCCGUGCGUACGUGUGGCCGCCGGUUCAGCACGCCCGGCAACCUGUCCCGGCACAAGCGCCUGCACGGGCCCGUCCGGCCGCUUGAGUGCCCCGUUGCCGGCUGCAUCUGCACGUUCCGAAGCGAGAACAAGCUCUCCAAGCACAUGAAGUUCCACCUGGGCAGCCCCGUGCACGUGUGUUCGUCGCCCGGCUGCGGUAAGACCUUCAGCACGGCAGGCAAUCUCAACCGGCACAUUAAGGGCCACCACCCGGAGCUCGACGGGCGGAAGACCAAGCUCAUGGCGGCCAACAUGACGCCUUUGCCGAGCCUCGACCAGGCAUACGAUAGCCCCACCGGGUCGGAUGAGCCUCUGCAGUCAGGUGUGACACAGGACCCAAUGAUGACCCAGUUACGAGCUCCGGCAUCGCCCGCCUCGAGCGUGUCAACGAUCGAUGUGGGUGCUUAUAGCCCGACACCGAGCUUUUCGUCCGAGUCACCAGGUGCAUCACCAAUGACAACUUUGGAUAUCGCAAUGGACCCGGAGCAGCUUGACGAGCUCGUGUCUAUCCUAGACGAGUCCGUCAAGGUCGACGAUUCGGCAGAACUGAACGUUUUACCAAGCGAGAGUUUCAUGAACGAGCUUCAAGCAGUGCAACCUAGCGUACUAGACGACAUGAUCCGGUUCCAUAUCGACCAUCUGCAGAUGUAA